AUGUCCAAGAAUCCCACCAUUCAGGAUCGACUCGAGGAGCUCGAACUCCAGCUUUGCGACGCUCGGAUCGCGGUGGAACAGACCGUGGCGAACAACGAACCGCUUGCCAUACAAGAGCUCGCGACUCUUCAAGCCGACCGCGUCGAGUUGCAGAUGAGUCAGGAGAUGGCACGCGCGUCGAAGCGGCUGCAAGAUAGUGAUCUUGUGCUGCACGAUCUUGAACUCGCGCUUCUCUCGCGGCGGAUCGAUUGCGCUACCUUGGCCGUCAACGGUGCUCACGAGGCGCAGAGGCGUCUCGCCGACUUGCAACUCAAGCGCGCGACGUUGCUUCUCUCACAACACAAAAAACGCCUCCAGCACCCCACACCUUCAUCCACUUCGCCGUCGGCAUCUGCUCCAACUACAGUCAGCUCGAGCGACUCAACGACUAGGUCUGCACUCUCACCCUCUCAAGACUCGGCACCUGCCGAAACGUCGUUCGACUUCCCGUCCGGCCUCUCACCUCCUACCCCUCUCUGUCCAUCUCCGUCGUCGCCUGCAUCGCCUGUCCGGGACUCGUCGCUGGGCGAUGUUCUUUCGACGGCCGGUGUGCCCGGUGUUCCCGCGGACAAGGCCAUCGAACCUAACGCUAAUGACCAUGACGAAGACGCUCACGACACUGGCGAUGUCGAGCGCGAGCUUAUCGGCGAAAAUACGCGCCAGCGCGCGAGCGUCGACCGCGGGACGCCGAAGCUUCGCGAGGACUCGACUACUAUCAUCGAUAUUGACGAUGAUGGAGUGGCCCGUGACCUUAUCCCGCUGCACGGUCAGUCCCACAGGAAGUCUUCCGAUGCUUUCCUGCAAGCCGAUUCUGACGACGACGCCACCGCGCCGGGGGACGAAGAAGCCUCGUUCAUGUUCGUGGGCUCUCCCCGUGCGCCCAGGGCCGUCCUAGAGGCGCGUGCGAACAAGUCGAGUUCGCCGCUGAAGGCGUUGAUUGAGGCGCGCGGGAAGAAGUCGGGUUCGCCGCAGAACGCGUCUCCAAGGUCGGCCGCCAAACCUCACAAGGCCGUCGCAUCCACGAGGAAGAGCGGCGGAUACAAGGAGCCGACGGCUUUUCCACCGCGCUGGAUGUUCCGUGUUUUGAACUUCGGUGCAGCGUCUCUACGGGCGUCUUCCGACUGGCCCGAUUCUGUCUGUCGCGAAGUUGCUGUACUUUGGGCUGCCGUCAUCUCUUGGGAAACUCGGAACGAGUUCAAGGAUGGGACCGUGAAGGCCCCUGCACAAUCGCCGCUGAUGGGGACCAUAGUGUCCAAGUCGCGCUUCGGCCCGAGCUUCCACGACGUCAUCAAGAAGGAGCCCGAUUUCAGCGCCUCCGUCGCCCGCUGCAUCGAUUCCCUUCGCCAUUCGACGCUCGCAGAGGUGGCCAAGAUGCACGGCACACAUGGCCUCACGGCAGUUGCGCGCGCUCUCCUGGAGGCCUACAGCAGCGACGAAUAUUUUGCUGAUUUUUUCAUACCUCUUGCUCGUGAACUCACGACCGUUUUGAACAUCGUGUCUGCAGUCCCUCCCUCUCGCACGGACGACGACGACAGCGACAGUGACGGCGACGACGAUGAUAGCGAUGACCAAGUCGUCGAUCUCACUGGUACGGUACUCGAAGCACUCAACGUCCGUGACGGCUACGAUGCGGCUCCUGCCACUCGUGCAAUACAGGCCCUUGUAGCGCUUGCAGGCGACGAGAAGAAGCGCGAUGCAUCGCAUCUGGACGCGGAAGCCGGACCUUCCAAGCGUGCUCGCCGUUCGCUUGGAGAAUAA